CAAACACCUGCUCCAGGGAAGAGCGCCCACGUGGUUCAGCUCCUGCAGCUCAGAACUGAGGUUGCUCUGGAGGCCCUUGGCCAGGCCUGAGCUCUUCUCGCCAUGGCCAUUGUACACACACUACCAGUGCCCCUGGAGGCUGCGCCUGAGGCCGCCACCGCCCCCCAAGCUCCAGCCAUGGGCAGCGUGAGUAGCCUCAUCUCUGGCCGGCCCUGUCCUGGAGGAGCUGCUCCACCCCGCCACCAUGGCCCCCCAGGGCCCACCUUCUUCCGCCAGCAGGAUGGGCUGCUCCGGGGCAGCUAUGAGGCUCAGGAGCCACUGUGCCCAGCUGUGCCUCCCAGGAAGACCGUGCCAGCCACCACCUUCACCUACAUCAAUGAAGACUUCCGGACUGAGUCACCCCCCAGCCCAAGCAGUGACGGCGAGGAUGCCCGAGACCAGCGGGCACGCAAUGCCCAUCUCCGUGGGCCCCCACCAAAGCUCAUCCCCGUCUCUGGAAAGUUGGAGAAGAACAUGGAGAAAAUCCUGAUCCGCCCAACAGCCUUCAAGCCGGUGCUGCCCAAACCUCGAGGGGCGCCGUCCCUGCCCAGCUUCCUGGGGCCACGGGCUACUGGGCUGUCUGGGAGCCAAGGCAGCCUGACACAACUGUUUGGUGGCCCUGCUUCCUCCUCCUCCUCUUCCUCGUCCUCUUCGGCUGCCGACAAACCCCUGGCCCUGAGCGGCUGGGCCAGUGGCUGCCCAUCGGGAACGCUGUCUGACUCUGGCCGAAACUCACUGUCCAGCCUGCCCACCUACAGCACCGGGGGUGCUGAGCCAGCCGCCAGCUCACCGGGUGGGCACCUGUCCUCCCAUGGCCUUGCCCGCGGAGCACUGCCCGGGCCAGCCCGGGGGGCCCCUGCUGGGCCCUCUCACUCGGACAGCGGCCGGUCCUCCUCCAGCAAGAGCACAGGCUCUCUGGGAGGCCGUGUGGCCGGGGGGCUCUUGGGCAGCGGGGCCCGGGCCUCCCCUGACAGCAGCUCCUGUGGCGAACGCUCCCCUCCGCCCCUGCCGCCUCCACCCCCUUCGGAAGAGGCUCUGCUGCACUGUGUUCUGGAAGGAAAGCUCCGUGACCGGGGGGCAGAGCUGCAGCAGCUGCGGGACAGCCUGGAUGAAGGAGACGUGACCGGGUGCCAGGUGCUGGAGGAGCGGCAGCGACCGCGACCCUGGGAGCGGGAGGCCCAGGCACAGCAAGCUGCACAGCGGGCACAGCGGGCACAGCAGCUGCUGCAGCUGCAGGUGUUCCAGCUGCAGCAGGAGAAGCGGCAGCUGCAGGAUGACUUUGCGCAGCUGCUGCAGGAGCGGGAGCAGCUGGAGCGGCGCUGUGCCACCUUCGAACGGGAGCAGCGGGAGCUCGGGCCACGCCUCGAGGAGACCAAAUGGGAGGUAUGCCAGAAGUCGGGUGAGAUCUCUCUGCUGAAGCAGCAACUGAAGGAGUCUCAGGCAGAGCUGGUGCAGAAAGGCAGCGAGCUGGUAGCCCUGCGGGUGGCACUGCGAGAGGCCCGGGCUGCGCUGCGGGUCAGUGAGGGCCGGGCACGGGGCCUGCAGGAGGCGGCCCGGGCACGAGAGUUGGAGUUGGAGACGUGCUCCCAGGAGCUUCAGCGGCACCGCAUGGAAGCCGAGCGGCUGCGGGAGAAGGCCGGGCAGCUAGACGCCGAGGCAGCUGGACUCCGGGAGCUCCCUGUGCCACCUGCUGCCACUGACCCUUUCCUGCUGGCAGAGAGCGAUGAGGCCAAGGUGCAGCGGGCAGCAGCCGGCGUGGGGGGCAGCCUGCGGGCACAGGUUGAGCGGCUACGCGCAGAGCUACAGCGGGAACGACGGCGUGGAGAGGAACAGCGGGACAGCUUCGAUGGGGAGCGACUGGCCUGGCAGGCUGAGAAAGAGCAGGUGAUCCGCUACCAGAAGCAACUGCAGCACAACUAUAUCCAGAUGUGCCGGCGCAAUCGGCAGCUGGAGCAGGAGCUACAGCAGCUCAGCCUAGAGCUGGAGGCCCGGGAGCUGGCUGACCUGGGUUUGGCCGAGCCGGCCCCCUGCAUCUGCCUGGAGGAGAUCACAGCCACUGAGAUCUAGGGCUCAGGGCAUCCCGCUGUUGCAGGGGCCGUCACCACAGAUCACUCAGGCUCCAGGGUCCACUGUGCCUCCCCACGACAGAGGACCCCAGAGCUGCCCUCUCCCUUCAGUCCCAGCCUCUGGGCCUCUGCCAAGCCCUCGCCUGGCUCUGGGACUUGGAGGAGCCAAGUCAGACCCCUCAAGGGUCCCUGUGUCCACUGUCACUUGGAGCUCCCAUUCACUCUAUCCCUGUCACUCCCUAACCACUGUCAGUGCCACUGCCAACACCUUCAACCCCAGAUGCCCACCAGCCCACCCUAGCCAGAGGGCCUAGAGGGGAAGGAGUCCCUCAUCUCCACUUUCUCCCACUCCCCCGAAGCCAGAGAGAGCCAGAUGGUGCCAGCUGCUCCAGAUGUGCCUGCCCCGACCCUACCCGGUGCUAGGGGACAGGGCUGGUACUGGGAUCCGACCCCCAGGUUCCAGCCCUUUUGCCCCCUACUCGGGGAAGGGGGCUGAAGUCAGACCAAAGGAAGAACCCAGAAAUGUCUUGUUUAUUUGUGUUUGUGACCAAGCAGUCCCUUGCCCACACCCAGGUUUAUGGCCUCAUUUUCACAUGUAUAUUUUUCACACUGUAAAUUUCUUGUACAAACCCAAAGAAAAAAAUUAAAAACU